AAACUUCUAAUUUAUCGGCAGCAUUUUCAUUUGUUCAAUUGAAAGAGGGUUACUAACUAACUGUAAUAACUGAACCAAUCUGCACUUUUGGAUCGACAUUAGAAUCAAGCGCCAGUAAACAGGAGAACUGAAGAGGGAGGGAUCCGAAUGACGGAUCCGAAUCUGGAUCUACAAGAAUCGGGCUGGGAGGAACUGAGGAAAGAAGCUCGAAAGAUCGAAGGUGAUCUCGAUGUCAAACUCUCUUCUUAUGCUAAGAUCGGUGCUAGGUUCACUCAAGGAGGUUAUGUAGAUACUGGUUCGCCGGCGGUUGGGUCAAGCAGGUCAUGGAAGUCUAUGGAAAUGGAAAUUCAAUCGUUGCUUGAGAAACUGCUGGACACAAAUGAUGCCAUGAGUAGAUGUGCUGCAUCUGCUGCACCAACUACUUCUGUAACCCAGAAGCUUGCAAGGCAUAGAGACAUACUACAUGAGUUUAAUCAGGAAUUUAGAAGAAUCAAGGGAAACAUAAAUUCAAUGAGGGAACACGUAGAGCUUCUGAGUUCUGUCAAGGAUGAUAUCAGUGAGUACAAGGCAUCUGGGAGUUUGUCACCAAGAAUGCAGUUACUCAGAGAGCGAGCUGCCAUCCACGGAAGCAUUGCUCAUAUAGAUGAUGUGAUUAGUCAAGCUCAAACGACAAGGGCAGUCUUGGGCUCUCAAAGAGCUCUGUUUGGAGACGUUCAAGGGAAAGUAAAACUUCUAAGUGACAAGUUUCCCGUCAUCCGCGGCUUACUUGGUUCCAUCAGAAGGAGGCGAUCAAGAGACACUCUUAUUCUGUCAGCAGUAAUUGCUGCUUGUACGUUGUUUCUUAUUAUCUAUUGGCUCUCAAAGUAACUAUUAGAGAUGUGAUUUAUGAAUACACAAACAGUGAAAGCAGUUGUGUUUUGGCGAGAGAAUUUUGCUUAUGAUUUGUUAGAACAGAUCAGAUUUCUCUGUAGCUAAACCUGAGGUACCUUUGUUUUGGUGCCAUUACAUAGAAAAUCUCAUUUUGUUUCAUAUGCAAAUAUUUCUCUUACAUUGCUCCAACGCAGGUUUGAUGUCGGGCAAUUUCAGUUUGUGGUCACACAGGGUCUGGUCUAAUUUUUAGUUUUUAGCUGCCUUGCUGCAAAUGGCCUUGUGGCCUGUUUGUGGGUGCCUUUAAUUUCCGCUGAUGCUAGCUUUGCUUGCGGGCUUGAUCUGUUGUUGUCUAUGAGUCGUUGGAUUUUGUUCAUUGCAUCAAAACUCUUUUAAUUAAGGGUUAAUGAUAUGAAUGAUUUUUAAUCUAUAUCAAAAUGUUCAAUGCAGUAUUUAAAUU